CCCCCUUCCCCGGUUCCCUAAUAUCCCCCCUUCCCCGGUACCGGCCCGUGGUGGAGUGCGACGUGGGGAAAGGUACCGACCUCGGGACAGGGAUCCCCCUCCCCCUCUUCCUGAUACCAGCUCAUGGUGGAGUGUAACGUGGUUCCCUGCCCAUGGUGGAGUGCGACAUGGACCCCUCCCACCCUUGGUACCGGCUGGUAGUGGAGUGCGAAGUGGUCAGAGACCGAUCCCUGGGAUAUUGCUCUCCCUGGGACAAGGACUUUACACCCCUGCUGCCAGCCCAUGAUGGAGUGUGACAUGGUGAAAGGUACUGACCCCUGGGUUCUCUGACCCACCCCUGGUAUCGGCCUGUGGUGGAGUACAACGUAGACAAAGGUAGUGACCUCCAGGAUCCUCAAGUUCCCCACUCCUGGUACUAGCCUGAGGUGGAGUGCAACGUGGUAAAAGGAACCAACCCCUGAGAUCUCCCCUCCCCCCCACUCUCCACUCACAGUACUGGCUCAUGGUGGAGUGCGAUGUGGUGAAAGAUACUAACCUCUGGGUUCCAUGACCACCUGGUACCGACCUGUGGUGAAAGGUUCCCUCUGCUGGGUUCCCCAUCCCCCCCCACACACCCCCAAACUCUGGUACUAACCCAUGGUGGAGUGCAGCAUGGUGAAAGGUACCAACCCUGGGCUCAUUUUUCCCCUCCUCCCCCACAGACCCAUGGUGGAGUGUGAUGCGGCCGGUGGUUCCCUGGCACUCCCCACCCUCAGUACAGGCCUGAGAUGGAAUGUGAUGUGGGCAAAGAUACCAACUCUCUUCUCCCCCAUGGGGUAGGAAUCCCUUCAACCAACCUCUCCCUGGGGCUAGAAUCCCCUCUCCCCAGCAGUAUGGGCCCAUGAGUCAUGAUUAAGGCUACGAUUUAAUCAUGGGUAUUUUUAGUAAAAGUCAUGGACAGAAACAAAAAAAUCAUGGCCCAUGGCCUGCCCAUGACUUAUACCAUUAAUACCCCAAUUGAAUCUUGGAAAGCCCAUGGCACCAGCUGCGGGGGAGGGGCACUACUGGUGAUGGGGAGCCCUCGGGGCCAGCAGCUGUUCCAGGUGCCCUGGGACCGCUGCCCGAGCGGCUGGGUGCUGCAGAGGUUGUCACCUCUGUGUGUGACAAACACGGAGCCCUAAUCAUGAUGGAGUGUGUGAUGGGAUCUCUGGGGUGCAGCCUGGGACUGUGGGACCGCUGUGCCCCCUGAACUCUCCAGCUUGGGCUGUCUUUCACAAUACCUUGCUAGUGACCAGCAGUAAACCCCUCCAAGCACUGUUAUCAUUCAGCACAACUGCUUGUGGAGCCCCACACCCUCCUAGAUUGCAUGAAUGCUCCCAGAGCCACUCAUGAAUCACACAGGGAAAGGCACCAGCCCAAUCCCCCCCAGCUCCUAGCCUUGCACCCCAGGCAUUGCUCAAGAUGAUUUAUUAACUGGUUCACCACUUCAUCAAUGGAAAGUGGAUAUACACCAGCCUUUGCAAAACAUGAGCAGAUUUGCCACACACUUCAUACAAACUCACUGGUAAAGAUUAACAGUAAAACAAAUGUAUUGACAACAGAAGAUUUUAAGUGACUAUGAGUGUUAGGCAAAAAGUCAGAGAUAGUUACCAAAAGUACAUAAAAUAUAAGCACGCAGUCUAAACUCUCAACCCUAUUAGACUGGGCAACAUCUAGAUUAAGCAGUUUUCUUCACUGCACUGGAUAUUGCAGUUCAUAGUAUACAGAUUUCACACUUGAAAUCUGGGGCAGUCCCCUCAGUUGGAGUCUUCAGUGUCCUUGUUGCUUGCAGUGUAGGUGGGUGAAGGAGAAAGGCCCAGCAUGGGGCCACUGUGUUCUGUUUUAUUCCCUCAGUCCCAUGUGCUUGGGGAUCACAAGUCCAGGCAUGUUUGGGGGCACUGCUAAGUCUCCAGCCAAGAUUGAGCAAUUCCCCUGGUGUGGCCUCAUGCAGACUAUGCAUUUGUUCACAUGGAGAAAGAAGCAGAUGCAAAAGUUGCCAUCGAAAAUCUUAACGGAAAGGAAGUGAAAGGAAGAAGAGUCAAUGUGGAACUCUCUACUAAUGUUCAGAAAAAGGGGGCAGGACAAAAUGCCCAGGCAGGCAUCAAUGCUGACAAGAGCAAGAGAGCAAGUGUGGACUUUAGAGAGAAAUAUCAACCCAAGAUCGACGGUUACGAGCAGCUUAGGCCUACAGACUCUACAUAUCCAUCAGUCUCUGCAGGAUACACUGCAUCCUCGCUCUACGAUUAUCAGCAGCGCUUUGGUGGCACCAACACUUCAAGCAAAUACAACUCCUUUGACACUCAGACAAGGCAAGCAUCUCCCUCAUAUUUUGGAAGGGACAGAAGCCCAAUUCGACGAUCACCAACAAGAAUCGGUUUUGCCACUGUGUCGCUACCCAUGACAGCACAACCAGCAUCCUACAGAGCUCAGCCAUCAACCUCACUGGGUGCAACCUACAGAGCCCAGCCCUCUGCAUCUCUCGGAAUGUCUUACAGACCCCAGCCAACAACGGGACAGGCAGCAUCUUACAGGGCCCAGCCCUCGACCUCACUUGGAAAUACUUACAGAACCCAGUCCUCUGUUUCACUAGGAGCUUCUAAUACCCAGCCUGCAGCCUCAUCACUAAAUUCCUACAGCGCUCAGGCUGCUGCUGCUUACAACACCCAGGCUGCAGCUUCCCAGUUAGCCUCUUAUGGGGUCCAGUCCACAGCAACACUAGCAUCAUCCUAUGGAGCUCAGCCUUCAGCCUCGCAUGCAGCCUCUUAUGGUACUCAGCCUGUGGCUGGUUACUCAGCCUCCUAUGGAGCUCAGCCAACAGCCACACAUGCAGCCGCUGCCUAUGCAGCUCAGUCUGCAGCUGGUCACACAGCCACCUAUGGAGCCCAGCCUGUGGCCACACACGCAGCCGCCUAUGGAGCCCAGCCUGCAGCCAGCCACUUGGCUUCUUAUGGAGCCCAGCCUGUGGACAGCCACUCAACCUCUUAUGGAGCCCAGCCUGCAGCUACUCUCUCAGCCUCAUAUGGAGCUCAGCCUGUGGCUGGCCAUUCAGCCUCGUAUGGCGCCCAGCCUGCAACUGCUCUCGCAGCCUCGUAUGGCGCCCAGCCUGUGGCCGGUCAUUCAGCCUCGUAUGGCGCCCAGCCUGUGGCCGGUCAUUCAGCCUCGUAUGGUGCCCAGCCUACAGCUGUGCUCUCAGCAACCUAUGGCACCCAGCCUGCAUCCACUCUGGCUGCAUCUUAUAGCAAUCAGUCUGCAGCAGCUUCCUACAAAUCACAGGUCUCUGCUCCACUGACCACACCCUAUAGAACACAGUCUUCAAACUCAAUGUCAGCUUCAUAUACAGCACAGCAGCCCUCCUCUGUUCCCUUGGCAGUCACUUUCAGAGCUCAGCCUGUGACCGCAUAUGAUGGGCCAACCCAGCUUGGACAACAAGCAACCCCAUAUUUGGGACUGUCUCAGUCUUCUGCUGCUGCUGCUGCCAUCGCACCACCAUACGAACGCACCCGCCUUUCUCCUCCACGGAGUGCUGGCUAUGACGAUCCUUUCAAAAAAUCAUCUGCUUUGGCUAAAAGGUACAGUUCUGACCGCCGUUUAUCUGACCUCUCAGAUUACCGUCGUUUAGCAGACUCGCCACUUGUGUACCGUCAUUCGCCGACAAAGUCCCCGCUGGAUUAUCGCCGUCUUCCAGAACCGCAUUCCGACUAUGCCCGUUAUUCGGGUGCCUAUGGCGAUUAUAUGCAUACUGCUCGGCUACAUUCUAAUUACCAGCGCCGCCUGUAGUGGGGUUGGGGUUCCUGUUCCAGAUGGGGGCAGUAUCAUUAAUUACAUGUUCCCCAUUGGGACACGCUUUCUUAGCAUAAAGCCAAUCUGCGUCUUUAUUAGGCUGGCUUCCUCAUUCAGUUCUCUGCAGAUUCUGAGUUAUUAAAUUUCCUUCCCUCCCAUGCUAUCUCAGGUGUCAUUACAGCCUGUCAUUUUGGCUCUGUUCCUUCAUGUCACUUGAUUAAAGAAUUAUUUGAGGCGAUAGUAUGAGGCGUGUCUGAGACAUGCUACUACAUCCAACACAAAUAGCAUUCUCCUGGUUUUUACUUUGGGGGAUUUUAUUUUCAGCUGCCUUUUUUGUUGCGUUUUUAGAAUGAUCUGAAUUUAUGAUCUCAAGAAGAACCUGUCCUGCAACCCCAGGAACAAUGUAGACGACUGCUGCACAUUGUGUCUUUGAAAGUCGAAGACUCGAGUUCCUUCGUGCUCCAGUAGGGCUAAGAAUGCCAUAGCAUAUCUGGAAUCG